UGGUCAGUCGUAACCCAUACGCAGUUUGGGGGAGAUGUGCUGGUGAAUUUUUAGUGGAACAUUAAAUGAAAAUGUGUUAUACAUCGUGGCUUUCUUUAUUUUUACUAUGUGUGAGCGUACCUUCGUGCCGGGUGUUGGGACAAAUAAUCCGAGAUGAAGACAGAGGAUCGCACGUUCUAGCAGGUAAGCUGGCUCUCAAGGCUCCGGGGAAGACGGCGGUCGCCGGCAUUGAGAGAGGAAGAACGUGUUCCAGCUCACAGUUCCAGUGUGAAAAUGGUCGCUGCAUCCCUAGACGCUGGGUGUGUGACUACCAGAAGGAUUGUGAGGAUGGCGAGGAUGAGCAGCAGUCUUGCCCUCCCCCCGAGUGCGAGAGUGAGCAGUUUGCGUGUGGAGAAUACAAGUGGAACCACACCUACUGUUUACCCACCCACCAACGCUGUGACAUGAUCAAUGACUGCACCGACAAGUCAGAUGAAGAAGGUUGCGUGUACCGCAGAUGCCUUCGUGAAGACCACAAAUGUGGCUCUGGGUUGUGUAUUCCACCUACCAAGAAGUGUGAUGGUUACUUUGACUGUCGAGAUGAGACAGAUGAAGCUGGAUGCAAUAGUACCUCAUGUACAAAAGACAAAUUCCGCUGUAAUGAUAAAUGUAUAGAGAAGAGCCAAAAAUGCGACCACAGAAAUGACUGUGGCGACAACUCUGAUGAAAAAGACUGUGAUUUCCCAGCCUGUCACGAGGAACAGUUCCGGUGUGCCAACGCUUUGUGCAUCCCUCGUCGCUGGCACUGUGAUGGGCACAGCGAUUGUCCUGAUGGCUCUGAUGAACAAAACUGUACGGCCAUUGCUUGUCCAGAUUCCAAAUUUUUGUGUGCCAAAGAAAAUCGGUGUAUUGAGAAGUCGAAACUGUGCGAUAGUCAGAGAGACUGCGACGAUGGUUCUGAUGAACGAACAGCUUGCUCGGCAGAGCUAUGUCCCAGCCUGGGCUGUGAGUAUGCAUGCCGGGCCUCUCUUGCUGGUGGAGAAUGUUAUUGUCCUCCAGGGAAACAAGUUGCCAAUGAUACACGAACCUGUACUGACAAGGAUGAAUGUAAGGAAUGGGGCCACUGUGACCAGCAGUGCGUCAACACAGACGGGUCCUUCAAGUGCCUGUGUACAAUCGGCUUCAUGAUUCAGGACAAAACCCGUUGCUCAGCCAUUAAUGUUUCUGACAAGCACAGGAUGACUCUCUUCUUCACCCAUCAUGACAAGGUCUUAAAGGUUCAGGAUGUACCAGGAAAGGAACCUGAGCUGGUAACAAAUGCCACCUCUGCUUGGGGUCUAGACUAUCAUUACAAAAAGGACCUGCUUUACUGGUCUGAUACAGAAACAAGAAAGGUAUACUCUCAAAAACUACGAGGGUCCAGCACCUCAGCUGAAACAACACUUACCCUCCCAGGAUCCUUAACACCUGGAGCCCUCGCAGUUGACUGGGUUGGCGAUAAGCUCUAUGUAGUAGAUAUCCUGGGCCAAAAGAUUGACGUGUUUGAAAUUCUUGAUCGCUACCAUGCCAUUGUUUUGUCAAACAAUAUUACUGAACCUCAAGAUAUUGGGCUAGACCCUACCAAAGGGCUAAUGUUUGUAGUCGAUCAUGAUCGAAUUAUUCGGGCUAACAUGGAUGGCACUAACUUGCAAGCCCUUGUGAAAGAUGUUAUCUACAAAGCAUCCGGUAUUGCUGUGGAUAUUAUUAGUAAACGUAUAUUUUGGUGCGAUUCUCUGUUGGACUACAUUGAAACAGUAACUUAUGAUGGAACUGGUCGAACUGCAAUUGUACGGGGAUCUACUAACGUUCCAGCACCAAAUCGUUUAACAAUGUUUGAAAGUAAAAUAUACUGGACUGAUAGUACUAGGCAAGGUGUUAUUCGCAUAGAUAAAUAUGAUGGGGCUUCUUCAAUUUAUCAAGUGUAUCGGAACUCGGGAAAGACUCAAGAUCCCAAAGCAAUUAAAGCUGUCCAUGGUUUGAUGCAACCCCCAGUUCCAAAUCCAUGCUCAAGUGACAAUGGUGGGAAUGCAAAUGGAGGGUGUGAUCACAUGUGCAUUGUAACCCAUGCAUCCACUGGUCUGGGGUACCGAUGUGCCUGUGAUAUUGGAUACAGACUCAAUAAUGACCAGCAAAAAUGCUCUAUGGUAACAGAGUUUUUGAUGUAUUCUCAACAAAAAUUCAUCAAGGGACAAGUAUUAGACCCUGUCUCUGAGAACUUCAAUGAUGCCAUCAACCCCAUUGUGUCAAAAGCUGCAAGAUUUGUGGGACUUGAUUUUGACUUUCGCAAUGAUUACAUCUACUACUCAGAUGUUAGCCUGGAUGUUAUUUACAGAGUGAAGAGAAGAGGAACAGGUCGUGAAAACUUAUUAGCGUCACAAAAUGAAGGUGUCGAGGGUCUGGCAUUGGACUGGGUUUCUGGGAAUCUUUACUACAUCGAUAGUCGCAAAGGAACCCUAAAUGUACUUUCGACAAAAAAGCCCGAACAUCGAAAAAUUUUACUUACUGAUCUAAAGCGUCCCAGAGCCAUUGUUGUACAUCCCAACAAAGGGUAUGUGUUUUACUCUGAGUGGGACCGUCCAGCCAACAUCAGCCGAGCUCAUCUUGAUGGAUCAAAUGUUAUGGUGUUCCGCAAUGUUUUGCUUGGGUGGCCAAAUGGUCUUUCAAUAGAUUAUAAAACAAAUCGUAUAUACUGGUGUGAUGCCCUUCUUGAUCAUGUGCAGCAUGCCAAUUUGGAUGGCACAGAUGUUCAGACUAUCAGCUCUCAGAGCAUUAGACAUCCGUUCUCCCUUGUUAUUUAUAAUGAUUGGCUUUAUGUGACUGAUUGGCGUCGAGAUGCCAUUCUACGGAUGAAUAAAACUGAUGGUUCGCAGGAGAGAACUGUAGCACAGGUUGCUGAAAGCAACCGCUUGUAUGGCAUCCGUAUCUACAGUCGCAGCGCCCAGGAAAUUGCUUACGGGCACCCAUGCAAUAAUAAUAACCAGUGUGAGAAAUUCUGUUUCCCAGUGCCGGAUGAAGAUACAGGAAAUCUAAAAGCAAAGUGUGAUUGUCCCGUAGGAGAAAAAAUUAACUCUGAUGGCUUGACUUGUGCAGUUGAUCCUGAUGCUGAGCCAUUGGAUCCAUCAUGUGCACCAUGGGAUUUUACUUGCUCCAAUGGCCGCUGUAUACAAAAAACUUGGGUGUGUGACGGUGAUGACGACUGCUUAGAUAACUCGGAUGAAGAGCAGAACUGUACUGAGGCCACGUGUCGUGAGGAAGAGUUCCAGUGUGGUUCUGGUAGAUGCAUUCCCAACACCUUCAAAUGUGACUCCGAUAAUGACUGUGGAGAUUUUUCAGACGAGACUGGGUGUGUCAAUGUUACUUGUGAAACGUCAUAUUUCCAGUGUGACAAUGGCCGCUGCAUCCCCAUGAACUGGAAAUGUGAUUCUGAAAAUGAUUGUGGAGAUAGCUCUGAUGAAGGGGAUUUUUGUGCCAACAAAACGUGUUCUUACUUCCAGUUUACUUGCCCGAGCACGGGUGCUUGCAUACCACAAGCUUGGGUGUGUGAUGGCGACAAUGACUGCUAUGACAAUAAAGAUGAAGAAGGAUGUCCACCUAUAGCAUGUACAGCUGCUCAAUUCAAAUGCAAUAACCAAAAGCAGUGUAUCCAUGAAUCCUAUAAAUGUGAUGGAAUCCCAGAUUGUGAUGAUGCUUCGGAUGAAUUAGGAUGCCCCACUGUUGGGCCAGAUGAGUGCAAUGAUGAGAGUCAAUUCAAGUGUGAAAAGUCAGGUAUUUGCAUCCCAAAGAGCUGGAGAUGUGAUGGAACUUCAGACUGCGAAGAUUCUUCAGAUGAACCCAGCACUUGUGGACAGGUAACAUGUCCCAGCAGCCAUUUUCAGUGUAAGAACUCCAGAUGCAUAUUCCAUUCAUGGUUAUGUGAUGGAGAGAAUGACUGUGGUGAUGGGUCUGAUGAGGACAAUGAUCAAGCCUGUGGAAAACCAGCGUUCAAAUGUGGUGCUGGGAUGUGGAUGUGUCGGGGAGUCCUGGACACUUGUGUAAACAACAGUCAGGUGUGUGACGGCAAGAAAGAUUGUCCAAAUGGAAUUGAUGAAGGACCUGGGUGUUCUCAAAAAGACUGUGAGGGUGCAGAGUUGGAUUGCUCGGUUAAUUGUAUGCAAACACCAAACGGUCGCCAGUGCACUUGUAAUAAAGGUGAACGACUUAAGGAGGGCAGUGAUACAGAUUGUGAAGAUAUCAAUGAAUGUGAUCCUCCAGGCAUAUGCUCCCAGAACUGUAUGAACAAGAAAGGCACAUAUAUCUGCUCGUGUUCUAAAGGAUACAUCUUAGAUUCUAAUAAGGCAACUUGUAAAGCCUUAAACCGGUCAGAUGCUUUCCUGGUAAUCAGUAAUCGCCGCAGCAUCUUGAUUGCUGAUUUACACCAGCGAAGCUUGGAACGAGUUCCAGUGCUAGUAGAAAAUGUUGUUGCGACAGCCUCUGAUAUGAAGAAUGGCACUCUGUUUUGGUCAGAUAUGAAAGUCAAGCAAAUUGCAAAACUGGAAAAGGGAGGUCAGCCAGAAGUGAUUAUUGGUAGUGGGUUGGACCUUGUGGAAGGCUUGGCUUAUGACUGGAUUACUGGUAAUAUAUACUGGGUUGAUUCUCGCCUUAAUGCUUUGGAAGCUUCAAGGAGAGAUGGUACACACCGCAUGAUUCUGCUCAAUAAAAACAUAUCACAACCAAGGGGACUCUGCAUUGACCCUUUAGAAGGUUCACGCUGGUUGUUCUGGACUGACUGGGGUGAAAAUCCUCGAAUUGAACGUGUAGGACUUGAUGGUCAGAAACGAUCCGUUAUCAUCAACUCCAAGAUCUUUUGGCCCAAUGGUCUUACUGUGGACAUUCCAAAUAGAAGGAUCUACUUUGCUGAUUCCAAACUUGACUACAUAGAUUUCUGCAAUUAUGAUGGGACUGGAAGACAGCAAGUACUGUCUCAAAGCCACUACCUGCUUCAUCCACAUUCCUUAUCAAUCUUUGAGGACAAUGUUUACUGGACAGACCGUCAGCUCAAUAGAGUUCUCUCGGCUCACAAGUUCAGCGGUGAUAAUGAGAGCGUUGUGUCACAUCUGGUGUCACAACCUCUAAGUAUUCACGUUCACCAUCCUGUUUUACAGCCUACUGAGGAAAAUCCAUGUGCAUCCAACCCAUGUGCACAUCUUUGCCUCCUUAAACAACCUACUGGUUAUACAUGUUUAUGCCGCCCUGGUUAUAAGAUUCAUGGUAGCAAAUGUAAUCCAGAGGAAACACCAUACUUAAUGGUGAUGAAGGGAAGCCAGAUAGUGGAUGUAGCCCUUACUCCGGGUGAAAAAGGUGCUGCUGGAUUCCUCACACCAAUUGUGGGCGUGGAAAAUGGACUCCAACUAGAUUAUGAUCGUAACAAUGAACGUGUCUUCUGGAUUGAGGCCAUCAUGAAGGAUAGUGAGAAUGGUACAAUCUAUACAAUGAGCAUUGGAGGCGGUAAUAGGUCAACUUAUUUGGAUUUGGGAAUUGUUGGAUCUCCUUACACCAUGGCCUGGGAUUGGGUCGGUCAAAAUAUGUAUAUUGGGAACCGAGUUGCCAACAACAUUGAAGUCCUUAAACUAGAUGGCAAGAACAAAUACCAAAGUGUGAUCUUGGACAACAAUGGCAAUGCCACUGGUGUAGGCAGACCCAAGAGUAUGUGUCUUGAUCCUGUGGAUGGGUUCAUAUACUGGCUGGAUGAUGGUGGUGUUGGUGUUCCUGCUAAGGUUGGUAAAGUUGGUAUGGAUGGUACUAAUCCUGUCAUCUUGUACAACUUUACAAAUCUUCAACCAGAAUUCAUCACAAUUGAUAUAGAAGCAAAGGAGUUAUAUUGGUCAACCAGUAAUGAGGCUCAACCAGGAGAUGAAGUAAUCCAAGCUGAGAUAAUGACCAGUGAUGUAUAUGGAGAAAAUAUAAGGACAAUUCUUACAGAAGUAAACAACAUUGCUCGGCCCAAAGCUCUAGCUGUGUAUGAGAGUAGCUUAUACUACCUUGAUGCCUUGUAUGAAAAAGUAGUACGUGUGGAUCUGCCGGAUGGUGGUAACCAACAGAUGUUGUUAGAGAAUGAGCCUGAUCUAAAAUCCCUGAAGGUGUUCCAGAAGCGGCCAGGUGAGAUGAAAGACUUAAUUAUAAACUCAAAUCCAUGUAUGGUGGGCAAUGGUGGAUGUGAACAUAUAUGCAUUCCAAAAAUUAGCAAACAACGAGCCUGCAGAUGCACAACUGGUUACAAAGCUGAUGGUGAAAAAGCCUGCAAACCUUAUGACAAAUUUGCAAUUGUAUCACAGUUGGAGAUUGUGCGAGGCUACAGCCUAGAUGGAGCAGGAGAGGCAAUGUCUCCUAUUGCUGGCCCAGGUCACAAUGUUCUCCACAUAGAUUUUCACUAUUCCAAGAACUUUUUAUACUGGAUUGAAUUCAAUCAGGGUGGAUCCAAUGGUAUCUAUCGAUCAAGGCCUAAUGGUUCUGAAUAUGAAGGUAUUGUCACGGACGGUAUUGGAUCUAAUGGAAUCCGUGGCAUAGCUAUUGACUGGAUUGCCAAUAACAUGUAUUUUACCAAUGUGUUCCCUCAUGAAACUUAUGUUGAAGUAUCUUGGCUGGAUGGAACUAACAGGAUGGUCCUAAAGAGUUUAACGAAAGACUCUCCAAGAGAACUGGCAGUUAAUCCAAUAAAGAGGUAUUUGUAUUGGCUUGAUUACGGACAGUUUCCCAUGAUAGGCAGAUCGUACCUUGAUGGUACAAACUGGAAGCCAAUUGUGACUCAGGGAGUUAGUAACCCACGUGACCUCACCAUUGACAUGUUUUCUCAUGAUGUUUAUUGGGUUGAUGCAACUUUGGAUGCCAUCAACAAAGUUAGCUUCAGUGGUGGAAACCGACAGUUUAUUCGUCGUAAUUUACCAAAUCCCAUGGGUCUUGCUCUUUACAAUAAUCAUGUGUACUGGAUUGACCGUAACCUUGGCACCAUCUUUCGGGCGUCCAAAUACCCUGGCAACACAACUCAACCGGAACGAUUCAAGACCAAUAUGGACAGUCUUAGGGAUAUUGCCAUCUUUGAUGUCAGCAAUCAGCCAUCUAAGGCUGAUACACCUUGUACAAGAUUGGGUAAUGGAGGCUGUGCUCAACUCUGCUUCUCUUUUCCUGUUGACCAACCAAAUAUUGCUAGAUUCCGAUGCGACUGUGCUUCGGGGAUAUUGUCUGAGGACAAACGAAGCUGUGAAGAUUCUAAAGAAUUUCUAAUCUUUGCAACAAGAUCAGAAAUUCGUAGCCUCUCUCUGACACCCAAGAGCACCAUUGUGCCAUUUGACACAAUUAAGGGUUUAACCAAUGUUGUUGGCAUUGAUUUUGACUACAAUGACAAGCAAUUUGUGUUCACACAGAUAAGACCAGACACAAAAAUUGCUAUGAUUCCCAGCUCAUCACCAUCUGCAGGUGACAUAAAGACAAUCCUGGAUCAAGGGAUUAAUCCUGAAGGCGUAGCAUACGAUUGGACGUCAAAGAAGAUUUAUUGGACAGACUCUGCUAAUAACAGCAUUUAUGCCAUGAAUACAGAUGGCUCACAUAUUGUCAUGAUCAUUCAAGUAGAUCGACCACGUGCAAUUGUCUUGGAUCCCUGCAGAGGGCACAUGUAUUUCACCGACUGGGGAAGGUUUGGUACUUCUGGCAAGAUUUAUCGUGCCACAAUGGCAGGAUCAUUCAGAGAGGUAAUCAUUGGUGAUGAUCUCUCCCAGCCUAGUGGCCUGGCUAUUGACUAUGAAGAGGAGAUGCUUUACUGGACGGAUGCUGUAAAGGAGAAGAUUGAAAGAUCUUACCUGAAUGGAACAAAGAGAGAGCUUCUCAUCUCGGCAACUAUUUAUCCUUUUGCUAUAACAGUUCAUAAGAAUUACAUAUACUGGACUGAUCUUCAGCUUCGGGGAGUAUUCCGAGCAGAGAAAUAUACAGGAGGUGACAUGGUAGAAAUGGUUCGCAGGCUAGAAGAAUCUCCAAGAGACAUCCAUGUUUUCUCUGCCGAACGUCAGACUUGUGAAACAAAUUUGUGUGAGAUCAACAAUGGUGGAUGUGCCCAAUCUUGCCAUCCAAGCACUGAUAAUAAGGUUGAGUGCAAGUGCAAUGCAACUCUGAAGCUAGUCAAUGAAAACAAAAUGUGUGUGCCGCAGAACUAUAGUUGUGAUGUAAACAAAUUCUAUUGUGCAAAUGGGAAAUGUAUAUCUCGCUUGUGGGCCUGUGAUGGCUCUGAUGACUGCGGUGAUAACUCUGAUGAAGAUAGAAACUACUGUACUUACCACACGUGCAGUCCUAGCGAGUUCCGAUGCAAGAAUGGUCGUUGCAUUUUCUCCACUUGGAAGUGUGAUCACGAAGAUGAUUGUGGUGAUGGGUCAGAUGAAGAAGGCUGCGAGUAUCCUCCAUGUGCUGAGGGAGAAUUUACAUGUGCUAACCAUCGUUGUGUACCACUGUCACAGUUGUGCAAUGGUGUAAAUGACUGCAAAGAUAAGCACACUUCCGAUGAAACAAGUGAACGAUGUCCUGAGGUAACGUGCCCGCCAAACCACCUCAAGUGUUCAAAUACAACCAUCUGUGUGGAACCAUAUUGGUUGUGUGAUGGCGACAACGACUGUGGCGAUAACUCCGAUGAAAAUGCCCUUCACUGCUCAGACAGAUCAUGCCCGCCUAAUAGCUUCAGAUGUCCAAAUCAUCGGUGUAUUCCGGGUACCUGGCACUGUGAUGGUGAUGAUGACUGUGGUGAUGGUGCCGACGAGCCUGGUGAAUACUGUGAGCAAGAGGGUCGCACGUGCUUUGGAGACCUUUUUACCUGUGACAAUGGCAACUGUGUACCAAAGAUCUACAUCUGUGAUGGCGAUAAUGAUUGUUUGGAUGGAUCUGAUGAAGAUGACAGACAUAAGUGCAACAACCGCAGAUGUGAUGACGAAACUGAAUUUACAUGCAAUGCGAAUAAACAAUGGGGCCGAGCAAUGUGCAUUCCCAAAAAAUGGGUGUGUGAUGGUGACCCAGAUUGUGUUGAUGGUGCUGAUGAGAACUCCACAAUGUUGUACUGUCCUCCACCAGAAGAUUGUGGCGAUAAUGAAUUCAGGUGUAACAACCGACGAUGCAUCAGUAAGGACUGGGAGUGUGACUUCGACAAUGACUGUGGUGAUGGCUCGGAUGAAGGACUUGCAUGCAAUAGUAAAUAUCGUGUAUGUACGACUGAUGAAUUUAACUGUACCAAUGCCAAGUGUAUACGCAAAACCUACCAUUGUGAUGGAGAAGAUGAUUGUGGGGAUAACUCAGAUGAAGUUGGAUGUGUACCAAAGAAAAAGUGUGAUCCUGGACAGUUCCAGUGUAAAAAUGGAGAAUGCAUAGAAAUGAAGUUAGUAUGCAACAAAGUGAGUGAAUGCUCCGAUGAUUCUGAUGAACCACUUCAUUGCAAUGUUGAUGAAUGUGCAAAGGUGGAACUACAUCAAUGUGGACAUAAAUGCAUCAAUACUAUCAUAGGAUUUGAAUGUGCUUGCAACACAGGAUAUAAAUUGAUGCCAGAUGGUAAAGCAUGUGAAGAUGUUAAUGAAUGCAGAGAAGUUGCUGGUGUAUGCUCUCAAGAGUGUUUCAACACUCCCGGCUCGUACAGCUGCAAGUGUGACGAGACUUUCUAUGAACGGGAGCCAGAUGGCCGAACCUGCAAGCGGCUUGAUAAAACAGUUCCUUGGUUGUUCUUUACUAAUAAAUACUAUGUGAGAAGGCUAACUACUGAUGGCUCACAGUAUUUGCUAAUGCAUCAAGAUCUUAGAAAUGUUGUAGCCUUAGACUUUGAUGUUAAGGACAGUAUGUUAUACUUUGCAGAUGUAACCGCAAAGACUAUAUACAGAGGUAAAAUUAAUGGCACUGAAAAAGAAGAAGUUAUUAAGCAUGAUAGCCAUGGGCUUGAAGGUCUGGCAAUAGAUUGGAUAGGUCGAAAAAUUUACUGGUUGGACAGACAUAGUAAGCAGCUAGAUGUAGCAGAGCUUAAUGGUACCAACCGCAAAACUUUGAAAGCCAGUGGAAUUAAUGAUCCAAGAGCAGUGGCACUUCAUCCUGGUAUUGGUUAUGUUUAUUUCACUGAUUGGCACCUCCAGACUUACAUAGGUCGUAUUGGAAUGGAUGGUUCAAACUUUUCACGCAUCCUUAGCUUUGAUGAUAAGGUAAUAUGGCCCAAUGCCCUCACCUUUGACUAUUUUACUGACAGAAUUUAUUGGGCUGAUGCUCAUCUUGAUUACAUUGCAUAUGCUGAUCUCGAUGGUAAAAAUCGACAUGAGGUCAUAAGUGGUUCUAAAGUGCCUCAUGUGUUUGCCAUCACUGUGUUUGAUGAUUAUAUGUACUGGACAGACUGGAAUUUGAAAGCUAUACUGAAAGCUAACAAGUUUACGGGUGAAGAUUUCCAGUUCCUCCGUAAUACAACACACCGACCAUAUGAUAUUCAUGUAUUCCAUCCUUUACGUCAGCUACCAUAUGACAACCCCUGUGGGGAUAACAACGGUGGCUGCUCACAUCUGUGUCUUCUUUCACCUACCGCUAAUGGAUCAGUAACAUAUGUCUGCGCUUGCCCGGACCAAUUCUACCUAGAGAGAGAUAAUAAAACUUGCAUUGCAAACUGCACUCGUGGACAGUUCCGUUGUGCAGGACCAGAUGACAAGUGUAUUCCUAAAUACUGGAGGUGUGAUGGUGAGAAGGACUGUGCCGAUGGAACUGAUGAGCCUCCAGGUGAUAUUUGUCCAGAACGGAAGUGUCGGCCAGGACAUUUUCAAUGUGAGAAUGGCAAUGGUUGUGCUGCAGCAACGCAACUUUGUGAUGGACAAAAUGAUUGUACUGAUGGAUCUGAUGAAAACAACUGUCAGCUGGAAUGUACAGCACUAGAGUUUAAAUGCAAGACCACAGGCAAAUGUAUCAACAUAGCCUGGAAGUGCGAUGGGGACAAGGACUGCCGUGAUGGCUCAGAUGAAGAUGAUUGCGAUAAUCGUCCGUGUGACAAAGAAACCGAGUUCCAGUGUAUGAAUGGGAAGUGUAUAUCAAAACAAUGGUACUGUGAUUUAGACAAUGAUUGUGGGGACCAUUCUGAUGAACCUGCAUUCCUCUGUCGACAAAAGAACUGCACUGAUGGAUGGAGAAGAUGUCCAGGUCGCACAAAUUACCGAUGCAUACCAGAGUGGCUGUUUUGUGAUGGCAAAGAUGAUUGCCGGGACAAUACUGAUGAGCAAAUUGAAAACUGCCCUAAAUGUCACGAGAGUGGAGACUUCCAGUGUAAGAACAGACGCUGCAUUCCCAAGCGUUGGCUAUGUGACUUUGAAAAUGAUUGCGGUGACAACUCUGAUGAAGAUGAAGAGAUGUGUCGUAGCCAAUAUCGUGAAUGUUCAGAGAGUGAAUUCCGCUGCAGCAAUAAUAAAUGUAUUCCUAACCGCUGGCGUUGUGACCAUGACAAUGACUGUGGAGACAAGUCAGAUGAGGAGAAUUGUGGGGAACACACAUGCAAGCAUAGCCAGUAUCAGUGUUCAUCUGGCCACUGCAUCCAGAAACACUUCCGUUGUGAUGGUGAACGCAACUGUCAUGACUUGAGCGAUGAGUUAGAUUGUCCUCCACGUUACCCUGGUGAACGUUAUUGUCCAGAUGAAAAGUUCCAGUGUGAUAACCAUCUUUGUGUAGAGAUGCGAGACCUUUGUGACGGAAGCAACGAUUGUUACGAUAAUUCAGAUGAACGUGAAAGCCUUUGCAGCAACUACACGUGCAACACAUUACGCCGUUUCCAGUGCAACAACCAUAAAUGCAUCCCCUUGUAUCAGAAAUGUGACGGAAUAGAUAAUUGUGGUGAUGGAUCUGAUGAGAACAACAUGACUAUCUGUUCCCAUCGACCCCGACCUUGUAUAUUCAAUGAGUACCGCUGUGCCAACCACAAAUGCAUUCCUCCCAACAAAGCCUGUGAUCAUGCUGAUGAUUGUGGUGAUUCAUCUGAUGAGCUUGGCUGCCAUACUGCAUCAAACUGCACAGUUGGUGGAUGUGAACAGUCAUGCUUCAAUCUUAAAGACGGUGGCUAUGUAUGUCACUGCCUGCGUGGAUUCAGAAUUUCCCCCAACAAUCCAAAAGUAUGUGAAGAUAUUGACGAAUGUGCAGAGUUUAUACAUAAUUGCUCACAGUUAUGUACUAAUUUGAAUGGAACUCAUGCUUGUUCGUGCCGAGAAGGUUUUGAGCCCGAGAUAAAUGGUGUUUGCCGCCUAAAAGAGGGAGCAAUCACUCUUGUAUAUUCAGAUAGCCCUGAAAUUCGAGCGUUUAACUUAACUUCCAAUAGGGCUAUGAAUGUUAUUAAAGGGGAUAGUAUAGAGUCUCUAGAUUAUGAACCCAGAUCCGGUAUCGUAUAUUGGACGGACUCAUAUGGAAAAACUAUCAAACGAUCAUAUCUACCAGGGACUCCUGAAAGAGCAAAUAUUACAAUGGGUUACGCUCAGAAUCUGGAUAUCAAAAGUCGAGCCAAACCUACUGGCCUAGCAAUUGAUUGGGCAGCCAUGAAUUUAUACUGGAGUGAAACAGAUCGCACAGGAAACAAACCUCGUGGUGCAAUAUUGGUGUCUACAUUGGAUGGACGGUAUCGCCACUUGGUCAUUGCCACUGGCCUGGAAGACCCUACCUCUGUAGUUGUUGACCCAGAUCAUGGUUAUAUGUUUUGGACAGACAUUGGCUCAAUACCAAAAAUUGAAACUUCUUGGAUGGAUGGCAGCAAAAGGAGAAUUCUUGUCUCAGAUGCUAUUAGUCAGCCUACAGGACUGACAAUUGAUUUUGCCAUGGAGCACACACUGUAUUGGGUGGAUGCCAAACUUAAUAAGAUUGAAAUGAUGCGUGAAGAUGGGUCCAAGAGAACUCUUGUUGCUACAGGAAGCCACCUGAAGCAUCCUUUGUCCUUGGAUGUGUUUGAAUCCAGUAUAUACUGGGUUACACGUGAUUCAGGAGAAAUAUAUAGCAUGGAUAAGUUUGGACGAGGAGUUCCAGUAAAGCUUCCAGGAGAAUAUGCCAACCCAUCUAGCAUAAAAGUUUUUGCAAGCAAGAGGUACAACACAAGUAUGAUGAGUAUAUGCCAAAGAGACACCCCAUGCAGUCAUCUGUGUCUCAUCAUCCCUGGAGGCCACAAAUGUGCUUGUCCUGACAAUAGAGGUGUAAAGAACACGUAUCCUAACUGUGAUGCUCCACAUGAGCCUAUGAAAGCAAAACCUCUUGGCUGUGGGUGUUUAAAUGGUGGCGUGUGUGUCUUGAACGUUUCCAAUGUUCUUCGUUGUGAGUGCCUUGAGGGCUACUCUGGAGAGCUGUGCGAGACCUAUGUGGCUCGCAGUUUUAUCCCACGACAACCUUGGUCAGCAGCAACUGUGAUUGUGCCCAUCGUCCUCAUUAUCCUAGUGUUAGGAGUUCUUGCGGCUCUUUACGUCUUCUUUAAUCACCGUCACAUAACACUGAAGGGUCGGGGUCUUCCUGGCUCGAGUGUCGUGUUUAGACAAGGCACAAAUGUCGAGAUAGGACCUCCUUCAUUUAUGGCACCUCCAGAAGGAGCAAACGGGGUGCCAAUAGAAGGAGAUGUUAAUCUUAGUGAGAUUGCAGCAAAGAAUCAUAACUUCAGCAACCCCAUGUAUGAUGCCAUGGGAUCGAUGGAGGGAGCUGCAACAGAACAGACAAACACAAAAGGGCUGUACGAAGUGCCCUUAGACACCAGUAAGACUAAGGGGUACAGCAUGGAAAACCAAGAGACUAGUAAUGGUUCAAUGCAACCUCCACCUCUAGCAGUUCUUUCUCCAUCAGCCAUGAUGCAAAAAGCUUCGCCUAAUAUACAGCUUCGUAAAAAAGAGCUUAGUCCUUCUAGUAAUGACUCCGGCAAGGAUACACAAAAGCUGGUGGUGGAGGAUGAUAACUCGGAAUGUUAAAAGUGUGUUAAGACUUGCAUUAUACGCAUUAACUAUUAUGGGCCAAUUGAUUCAGCGCUGCCACUACCUGUGCUAAGGGAUGCCGUCCCAAAUGCAAACCAGAUCAUGAUAGUUUUAUUUUAACAGAAAAUCAGAUGUGAGGCUGUUGUGCACUGUUAUGUAAGUUUGAGAUUAUUCAGUGUACUGCCACGCUUGUAAAAUGUUAUGUACAUUUUUUAUUAAACAAUUUUUAAACUUAACUAAAAUGUUUUUGGUGCUCAGUGUGUGAAAUGACUAGUAAAAGUGGAAGUAAUUUCAUCAUUAGAAAAUUAUACGAUAUUUAAACAACAGUAGGUAUAGCACUCGUGGAAAUUAUAGAAAUAAUUUUUGUAAAUGUACAAUGUAGUAAUUGUAUUGGCUGGAUAUAGUAAUAUGUAAAUUGCUCUAUUUUUACACAAACAAAUAGUCUGUUUGUAUAUUUUCAUCUUUGUAGAAUCAAGAGGUUUUUUAUUAUAGUUUAUUUUAGGGCCAAGGGUCUUAAACUUACAAAUGGUCCUCAUCUUACCAUAGUUAUAUAUACAUUUCCUCCUAUUUAUCUUACUGCUAACAUUUCCUUGUUUUAGAGGCAUUGAAUGAAUUUAGAUUUCAUACAUGAAGCGACAUGUCUUAUAUUGAAGCCAAGCCGUCCACAUUAAAUAUUAUAUGACACAUUCCAUGUGGUAAGGGAGUAUCAAUGAUGUACUUAUUUGAAGCGACUUUAUGUACAAUAUUUUGUUAAGUAUGAGUUAGUGAAUCAUACCCUAUGAACUGACCUUUGGUAAGAGUCCUGUAGGUGACUGUUCUGUUCGGUUGAUUCUCUUGAAGAAUGUUACGUGAAGAAAUAGCGAUAUAUAUAUUUUAAAAUUGUAGGUUCCCACCUAUAGUCCUUUGGGACAUCUUGAGGGCUUAUACAGUAUGUAUAAACUGCAGAGGCACCACUGCUUUUACCAAUGGAAUUCUUCCUAUGGACAUUUUAUUGUAAAUAAUGGUGUGUAAAUAUUGAAGACUUAUUUGAUUUAUUUCAUUUUGCUGUGAGAGUGAAGAGUCUAUUGUAGAUCAUUUACUCAAUUCAUCAACAUUAGACAUUAAUUGUCACAAAUGUGUUUCACAUGACCCGUCUUAAGGAGUACUAUCCUAACUCUAUAUUUCCGAUGUGGUUGUAUUAUGUUGAUUUGUUUCCAUUGUUAUAGGCAGUGCAAUAAUUAAUAAUGUUAAAAAUAA